AGGGGCGGGACUUCCUUUGACUGAACCGAGACGUCUAUUUAUUUUAGCGCAGGCUGCAAGCAAGUGCUGAAUCAGAGAACAAGGUUGUCAAGGGCAAUCAAGGAGGGUAAGAUGCUGGGCAGCCUAGUGAAAGGAUUCUCCGGCUGGCCCCUGGUCCUCAUGUGGAGCCUACUGCUGCCACUGGUCUCUCUCCAGGAUCCCCAUGGAAGGGGGAACGCUGCCAGGAACCACGCUGCCAGAGGCCAGGACUCUAGGGGUCGUGCCAAGCUUCUUCUUCUGUCUUUCGAUGGCUUCCGCUGGGAUUACGUCAACCGAGUUCCCACCCCCAACUUCAACGCUCUGAUGGAUGAAGGGGUGAAGGUGGAGAAGGUGGAGAACGCGUACAUCACCAAAACCUUCCCCAACCACUACAGCUUGGUGACGGGACUGUACGCUGAAACACACGGCAUCGUUGCCAACGAGAUGUUCGACCCGGUACUCAACCAGUCCUUCUCCAUGGAGACGGCAAGCAUGUAUGACUCUCGGUGGUGGGAGGAGGCGGUGCCUAUUUGGGAGACCAAUCAGAGAGCGGGAGGGCGCAGCGGAGCGGUCAUGUGGCCUGGUUCCGAUGUGGAAAUCCACGGGAUGUAUCCGAGCCGCUACCUUCCCUACAAUGCCUCGGUUCCUUUCGAGACUCGCGUCGAGCAGAUCAUCGAAUGGUUUUCGGGCCCCGAAGAAGAAGCGGUGGAUUUCGGGGUCCUUUACUGGGAGGAACCGGACGAGAGCGGACACAACCUGGGCCCAGAAAGCUCUCUCAUGGACGUAGUCAUCGCCGACAUCGACGAUAAGCUGGGAUAUCUGAGGAACGAGCUGAGGAAGGCUGGCCUGUAUGAGAGGAUCAACCUGGUGGUGACCAGUGACCACGGCAUGACGCAGCUGUCCACUGACAAGAUCGUUGAACUGGAUGAGUAUGUUCCCAGAGAGCUGUACACCUGGGUGGAUAAAAGUCCAGUGGUGGGCAUACUCCCCAAAGAGGGAAUGUUUGAUGAGGUGUAUGACAAGCUGGUGGAUGCAAACCCCAACAUGAUGGUCUACAAGAAGGAGAAUAUCCCCGAACACUUCCAUUACCGACACAACGCUAGAAUCAUGCCUAUUAUCAUCGAAGCCAAAGAGGGAUGGACCAUCAUGCAGAACAAGAGUGGACCAUUCAUGUUGGGAAACCACGGAUACAACAACUCUUUACCCAGCAUGCAACCUGUCUUUGUGGCCAGAGGCCCUGCUUUCCGGCGGAACUACGUCAAGACCUCCAUGCAUUCCGUUGACCUCUACCCUCUAAUGUGUCACAUCCUGUCCCUCCACGCUCUGCCCAACAAUGGGUCCCUCUCCAGGGUCCAGGACCUCCUCUCUGAGCCCUUUCCCCCCACACCUACCACCCAGGCUGGGGCUGAAGAGUCCUCCUAUGCCCCCGUUGUGGGCUCUCUGCUGGGAGUAUUGAUGGUGCUGGGCUUCCUGAAGGUGUUUGUCAGACAUGUGACUCUGAGGCAGCGGCCUUCGUUGCCCAUCCGAAACAGGGAGAUGUCCCAGCCGCUGUUGCAGGAAGAGCUUCACCUGUAGGGCAGGCGAGUACGAAAAGGAGAAAAGAAGGGAGAGAAAAAAAAAAAAAAAAAGAUAAGUUAAUUCCCCAAAUAAAACAUGGCUUGAGUCUCGAAACAGAACCCCAGUUGCUUCUUCCCAAGUGUGACUAAAUCUAUACAGUAGUCAUGUGCACUAUGUAGAACUACAUCCGUAGUCAGUAAUGUAGGCCUGUCCAAAACGUCUACUUAUCUCCUGUGUUUGGAUGAGUCUAAAUGGAAACAGGGAAAAGGCAAUGGGGUUGUUUCUAGUCAGUCCGUACUGCAGUUAAAGAACUUAGGGUUUACACCUUUAAUGCAGGCUUCUGUUUGGCUUUGCUUUCCUUGCCAUUGAACGUCUCAUAAUCUCAUCAUUUGUCACAGAGUUUAAAGCUGCAAGCUCUACUUGUGUUGUUUAGAUACUGGCUUGCAUCAUUUGUUACAUAAAUUCACAGGCACCAUUUCCAGUUGAAAUGCAUUCAUGUGUGGCCAGAGAACAGGCUUGUUCUCUUUUAAUCUAUAACACAUCAGCAUUAUACAUUGCAUGGAUAUACCAUGUCUAAUUAUUCCAAUAAGCUAGAUUCAGUUUGAAGAACUGAAUGGGUCAGUGAGUUUUUAGUGUUUGGUUUGAGGAGUAUGUUUUAGCAGAAGGCUAGGAUAGUAGCCUCUCAAAAGCUGCUCAUGUGUACAGUCAUUGAUCCAUCCAUUGCUACCUUGCCCUUCAGUAGCCAAUACCAUUUGCCUUUCAACUUCAUAGAGAUCAUCUCUCUGUAAUGUGCAAUUCUUUUUGUGUGAAUUAUUUAUUUUGUUUCAUGCAUUUUGUCAUGAUGGGGGCAUAUUCCUGUAUAAAAUGCUUGUGUGUUGUAGCCCCAUGAACAAGUUUGAUAAUCCAUGACCAUUUGUUGGUGAAACGUGAAGUGCAAUUGCUAUUGGUCAGUAUUUUGUCUUAGGGUUUGUAAGCAUUUCCUUGCCCCCUUUUUGUUGAGACUACUGAGAACGGAGGAAUGAGUGGUUCCCCUGAUUUGCACUAAAUGAUUAAACUAAAACAAGGGGCAUUAUGGGAAAUAUAUUGUUUGCACUCUUUAUUUGUAGACGUUAUUUGAAUUUAACAAUGAUAGGUGCCUCUAGCCGAAACGCUUUUCAUUUGAUUCUGAGUUAUUUAGCUUCUUACUCUUACGUCAUUGUGGUAUGUUGAUAUAGAUUAUUUAAGAAUAUGAUAGAUUGAAUUUGUCUUUUUAGAUUUAAACACAUUAAACAUCUCUGCCCAAAAAUAACAGACAACAUCACUGUGAUAUACUUUUUACUGAAUUUAAAUUGACAAAUCAAAACAUUUGUAUAAAAAAAUGAUAACUUUUGAUUAAUCAAUUGUCUUGUUUCUUAAAGGAAAAAAGGGUUGUCUGGUCACGUGCUUCUACUCCCUGAAUAAGAGGAAUCCAUACGUGUUUAUGUUAUAUUAAGAAAAAAAAGAACUAAUUGAAAAUCUAAAUUCUGUAUUUGGUGCAGUUAUUUUGCAUUUGGAAUAAUACGAAUAUAAAAUUAAGAGGUAUUUAAUAAAGGGACAGUACUAAUUUUUGAAAAAUAACAUUGUGGUAUUGAUGCAAUUUAAUUGACAUUUUCUGCUGAAAUAAAGGGACAAAUGAUAAGA